AUGGAUGAAUUAACUUCAGAAAAAAUCGCAAAAGCUCUUAAAGGAGCUGGUCUUUCUGCAAAUCAAAGAAUAGAAAUAGCAAAUAAAGCAUGGACCAAUGAUGCUGUUUUCUUUCCUAACAAAAGCGAAUUUUUGUUUGAAUGGAUCUGUUCAACUUUUGCUAGACCUAAUCUCAAAAAGAUGAAUGAUUGCUGUUUAUUGCAGUUACCUUAUUGGAAGCUACUAUUUGACCUUUUAAAGCACUAUCACGAUAAAGUCAAAUCAGAUCUAAAGCAAUCUACACCUACGAUUCAAGUUAAUCUUUUAUCUUCUAUAUCAAUAACCUUACAGGAACUAUAUCGAAAUGAUAAAUAUAAUAAAAGUCAAUUUUUAUCAAUAAUAUAUGGAAGUCUCGAGAUUUUGUUUGAUGGCACAUUUGCUUAUCGACCAGCUUUUGAACACGUUUCGAGUGUUGUCGAGCAAAUCUUAUUCAUCUUUACAACUUGUGAUAGCAACGAAGAGACUUUACAUUCACUUGCUUUAAUUGCUCAAAUUCUUUUAAAAAAGUAUGAUUUGCAACUUGUUUCAGCAGCUAAUCAAAAAAAGAUCUUCUUAAAUAUUGUAGAAAAACCAUUGCCUAAAUUCUUGAAUGUCCGUCGAAAAAUGAGCAAAGAUACAUCAAAUGUUUCCCAACUUAUCACUGAUAUUGUUUGUCAUGCAUUAUUUCAUUCGGAUACUGUAUUGGAAUUUACUUCUGUCUUAAAAGAAGUUAAUAAUAAUGCAAAACAGGCCAGCUAUGUUAUUAAAUUAUUUGAUACACUUGACACUAUGGUGAAAAAUGCAAAGGAUACUGAUGAAUUAUUAGAUGUUUUGGAUAUUACGCCCGUCUUAUUCUCUGCUUUUCUUAGCGCAUUCAGACAAAAGCGUAGUACAAGCGCAACACAGGAUAUUAACAGAAUGGUUGAAUUUGGUUUUUUUAUCUAUCUAUUGAGAAUUUUGUCAAAUAUAAAAGAUACAGCUAUAGAUAUUUAUCUUGACAUACUAUGCCAGCUUUUGAAACAAGUAUUGGAAUUGAAUGUAUAUAAUAUGCGUAAUGAUGAUAUAACAAAAUAUCAGCAAAGUAUUUUGAGUGAGAUUACAAAGGAUAUUAUAAGCUAUAUCAAUGAUCCAAAAAGAUACAGUCAAGGCCUUGUUUUGGAUAUAGUUGAUACUCUUCUUCAGAUUGAUUUUUCAAUAAUUGAAAAUUGUAUUGAAAUCUUUUGGCCAGUUAUGCUAAAUUGUGAUAAAAAUGCUCAAGCAUCGUGUCUUAAGCUUAUUAAAUCUAUUUUAAAAACGUAUUCUGCUUCUCGUCAAAUUGAUACUUUUAUAAACGAUCUACUUACACAUAUAACAAAAAUCAAAUCAAACAAGCUAUUUGAGUUGUUAAAAAACCCUAUGUUUUCUAGAGAUUUUCUAAAAGAGUUUUCGACUGUGAUCACAAAGUCUAUGCCAACUGCUCAAGCACUUGGUAUUUUUAUAAGCUUUCAGGAACAAUUAAUAGAACUUUUUAAGAGCACAGAAAACACUAAAGUAGCGUUAGUCACUGUCUAUUUUGUGGAGUUCACAAAAGCCCUACGAUUAGAUCAGUUCCAAACAUUCGAAGCUCCAGUAUUAUCAGUUUUUAAUAGCUUUGUUAAACCUAGUAUUGAUAAUUGGAUAAAAUCUAAAUCUAAUGAUGUCCUAUUACCUGCUUUACAAAUUCAUUCAACCUUGGCUGACGUUUUUUUCGAUAUUUAUGUUUCGAAAAUCAGUCUAGAAGAUCAAGAAUGGUUAGCUUCAUCAUAUAUUCAAAUCUUUCAAGAGUCUAUAAAAGAUGAUUCAUUGAUGCUUCGAAUUAUUGCUGUUACAACUGUUAAUGCUAUAUUUCAACACAUUUACUAUAAUUCUAUUUUACAAUCAUCCUUGUCAGUUAAUGAAGCUCCUCAGUUAAUCAGUAAUGUUAUUGAUUUUAUUUUAAAGGAUGAUAGUUGGUGUAUGAAUACAGAAUGGAACGGAUCUCUGCUUGAUAUCAAUGAUGAAAAUAUCCUUAAACUUGCUUGUUGGAAAUUAAUAUCUGAUGAAUGGUUUGAAUUAAUAAUACGAUAUAUUGACGAUAGUAGAGCCGAAAAACUUGUAAAAAUCGUUUAUUCCUCAAUAUUAGAUGAUUUUAAUAGUUCAGAAUCUGCAACAACAGCACAGCUCUUAAAUAAAACUUUACUACGAUCUGCCAACUUUUAUGAAGCAGAGUGUUUUAGAAAUUGCAACAUUGAAACAAUUUUGAACUUGAUUAUUCAAAAUUUUCAAACUAAAUUAUUAGAUACAAGCUCUGGAAAAGUAGCAAAGCUUACAGCAGAGAUGAUUUCUACUAUAGAUGUUUCAAAGCCUUUCAACUUCAAUCAAAAUCAUAUUGUUAAGCUUGCAAACACGAUGGAAGAGGAGAAUGAAGCUAUGGAGGAAGAUACAACUGUUGUAAAUACAGCAGAUGUUAAAAAGAUAGCUAACUUAAUGAAACUUCUUUUGUUGUUCCCUAAUGAAUACUACAAAAAGAAUGAACGUUUGCAAACAUUGUAUUUGAUUACGUUGGUUGAUAUUUGGUCAGUUGCAAAUAGUAAUACAGAUCUUGCUAUUCAAAACGAGGUAUCAUUAAUGUGUAGAAGUCUUUAUUUGAGAUUUAUGGACUAUUUCAGUAUUAAUAGUAUUCUGGGACUGGAUUCUAGGAUUUUAAAUUGGCUAAUCUCGUUUAAUAAGCAAUCAUCUAAUUCUCUUGAACAGACUACGAAUGAGCUCGAUUUAAAUGUCUUGAGAAAAAUUAUUUUAAAUGCAAGUAUCAAAACACCUGAAGAGCAUUCAUUAAAGUAUUUUAAAGAUGUCCUAAACCAACGAACGAAAGUUCUUAACAAAGAUAUCUCGCUUACACACUUGAACAAAUUAAUCAAUUUAGUAAAUGCGAUUAAUUUAGUUUUGGCUAAUAGGAAAUCUACUAUUGAAAUCAACCUUAAUAAUAUAAUUCACGUUACCGAUACUAUAAGUAAAGUCAGUCAAUUUGUUAUUUCAUAUCUAAAUGAUACCAAGAAUACCAUCUCUAUAAUUUUGGAAAAAGAUAAUAUCACUAAUCAAGUUCUUCAAGAAUAUAAACAUACUUUUGAAUGUAUGAAAAGAGUUUUUCAUUUGACUCGUUUAUUACAAGAAUAUGCUCGUAUUGUCGGUCCUAAUGUUGAUGAAGUAAUAUCUGCAAAAGAGCUUUCAAAGACAUUAACUGCAUUAGCUUCACCAUUUAUUCAAUUUUUACAAUGUACACUUUUGUCUGAAAAUAAGGUCGUAUUAGAUAUGACGACUGAAUUUAUUGCAGCCUUUUGUUCAAUUUUAUCAAGAUACCAGCAAAUAGAUAUGACCAAACAUGUACUAGCUUCAAUUUGGUUUCUAUUUUCGUUGGUUUAUAAUACAGGCGCUCAAGAAUCAGUCAAAGUUUUAUUAAAUGCUUUUGCAGCAUGGAUCCAAUCACUAUCUAAAGAACAAUACGAUGUUCUUAUUGAUGGCUUUUUAGAACAGGCAGAAGAAGAAGCGGCUAACCGUUCUAACCCUAGUAAAGAGCAACACCAUUUAGUGUUCUUAAUAUUGUUUGCGCAACUAUUAGAACAUUGCGAAGAUAGCGAAAAGGGUCGUUUAAAGAAACAGAUUCCAUCAAUUAUCGUUAAACUAUCACUUAUUGCUGGUAAAACCACAUCGCUAAAGUAUUUACAGCAAAUGUUGAAAUUAUUAAUUCAGUUAACGAGUAAUCAAUCAUAUCAUUUUAGUGAAUAUGAUAUUUCCUUGAUAUUGUCAUGUCUUUCUCAAACAGUGCAUUCUACUGCACCUGAAAGAUUUAAUGGACAAUUAACUCGCGAUACGGUUCAAACGAUUUUUGCUGAUAUUUGCUCAGUUUUAUCAAAUCUUACUAGCCAGCAUAAAGAUCAACUUAUAUAUAUGAUGCCACCUUAUAUAGCUUUAAUUCAAUCAUUAUUUCAUUGUUUCAAAUCAACAAAUAUUUCUUUAGUUAACAAUAGAAAGCGAAAAUACAUUACAUCAGAACGCACCAUUCCCUUAUUUGCCGAGUUUCUUCCUUUAGAUAGUAACUCAGCACAUCGACUUGCUCGUCUCUUGACCACUAUACCGCAAAAGGCUAAUGUUCAGUUACAGAAAAAGAGUGUACAUACAUUACAAAAGAUGACAGCUAAAUAUACGCCUUCACUUUUGAUUGAAUAUUUUUCAAUUCAGUCAAAUCCUACUAUGAGUAUUGCUGAUCCAGCUAUAAAAUCCAUUCUAGCACAUGCUUUAUAUGAUAUUUUAGAUUUAUGUUCAGAAGCAGAUCGUAUGUUUGUUCUAUCUUGUUUGGAUGGGUCAGGAAAGGCCUUAUUUAAGAGUUUCUAUAUGACUUGGAAAGAAAAUCAUAAAUACACUGGCCAGUAA